AUGGCGUCACUUCCGGUCCCAAUUGGCAGCUGGUGUACCCGGAGCGCCAUGUUAGUGCAAACAAAAGAAACAACUUCAAUGAUUUCAUAGCAUUUCACGGCAAGCACGAAAACAAUGACGGAAUAUAAUAUGCUACCCUGCUUUUUAUAAACCGGAGGUUUUCAUAAUGCCUUUUCCAAUCACCAGUCAGGCUCAGACAGUCCAACAGACUGCAAAGCACUAUGGGAUCACAUCUCCCAUCAGUCUGGCACCCCCAAAGGAGGCUGAUCUUGUGCUCACCCGGAAGCUGACGGAGACGCUCCGACCCUUCGGAGUCUUUGAGGAAGAGCUGGAGCUCCAGCGGAGAAUCCUAGUGCUUGGGAAGUUAAAUACGCUGGUUAGGGUGUGGAUCCAUGAAGUCAGUGAAACUAAGAAUAUUCCAUCGUCAGUGAUUGAUAAUGUCGGUGGAAAAAUCUUCACGUUCGGAUCCUACAGGCUUGGAGUUCAUACUAAGGGUGCUGAUAUUGAUGCUCUAUGUGUUGCUCCUCGUCAUGUGGAUAGAUCAGACUUCUUCUCUUCCUUUUAUGAGAAAUUAAAGGAGCAUGAAGAAGUCAAAGACCUGAGGGCAGUGGAGGAAGCAUUUGUUCCUGUGAUAAAGCUGUCCUUUGAUGGCAUAGAGAUUGACAUACUGUUUGCCCGACUGGCGCUGCAGACCAUUCCAGAAAACCUGGAUUUGCGAGAUGAUGGCUUAUUAAAGAACCUGGACAUUCGCUGCAUCCGAAGUUUGAACGGUUGCAGAGUGACGGAUGAGAUUCUUCAUCUGGUGCCCAACAUAGAAAACUUUCGACUGACUCUCAGAGCCAUCAAAUUGUGGGCUAAACGUCACAAUAUCUACUCAAAUAUCUUGGGAUUUCUGGGUGGUGUGUCAUGGGCCAUGCUCGUUGCGAGAACCUGUCAGCUUUACCCCAAUGCUGUGGCCUCCACCUUGGUCCAUAAGUUCUUCUUGGUUUUCUCAAAGUGGGAAUGGCCAAACCCAGUUCUUCUGAAACAGCCUGAAGACUGCAAUCUCAAUCUCCCAGUCUGGGACCCAAGGGUGACCCCUAGUGACCGUUACCACCUCAUGCCGAUCAUUACACCUGCCUAUCCUCAGCAAAACUCCACCUACAACGUCUCGGCCUCCACUCGAGCCAUCAUGGUGGAAGAGUUCAAGCGUGGUCUCGCCAUCACAGAUGAAAUAUUGCAGAAUAAAGCAGAUUGGUCCAAACUAUUUGAAGCUCCAAACUUCUUUCAGAAAUACAAGCAUUAUAUAGUGUUGCUAGCAAGCGCACCAACAGAGAAGCAGCAUUUGGAAUGGGUGGGCCUUGUGGAGUCAAAGAUCCGAAUCCUGGUGGGAAACCUGGAAAAGAACGAGUUCAUCACGCUCGCCCAUGUCAAUCCACAGUCGUUCCCAGGACCAAAAGAGGGAAAUGACAAGGAGGAGUUCAGCACGAUGUGGGUAAUAGGUAUCGUGUUCAAAAAAAUGGAGGGAUCAGAAAAUCUUAACGUGGACUUGACGUUUGACAUCCAGUCAUUCACAGACACGGUUUACAGACAGGCUAUCAGCAGUAAGAUGUUUGAACAGGAGAUGAAAAUCACAGCCAUGCAUGUCAAGAGAAAGCAGCUUCAUCAACUACUGCCAAAAAUUGCCAUUCCCAGAAGCAAGAGAAAGCAUUCAUCUGAUGGCCUACGUGUAAUGAAUGAUGGCAGUCUCGACCUCUCAGUUGACAGUGACAACAGCAUGUCAGUCCCGUCCCCUACGGGUGCUUCAGCUGCCAAGAUUCCCCGUGCUGCCAGUCCUCAGGGCUCCACUGUGUCAGCCACCUCAGAUUUGCAGGGUAAAACUGAUGUUACAAGUGGACACAUUGUUCCAGCUAGCGUGGACAUCAACGUGGGGACCACUGGCAAUGGUACACCACAGAAGGGUCCAACUGCACUAAAGCGGCCCGCCUCACCUGUUCAACACGAGGGAGAGAAGAAACUUAAAGUUGACAGUGAAGAACAGAAUCCUCAGUCUAGUCCACAAGAAUCAGCCCUCCAGAACGAGGCGUCCACAGGAACCAAAGUAGAGGACCACUCGAUACCAGAGUCCUCAGGUGACACCGAUGCCAAUGCAGCAGUGGAUCCACUGGCAGGUGAAACGGCUCCUUCAGAGACUGAACUCAAAAUAGAGACUGAAUUAAUGGAGGUGGACACAACAGAGAAGAUGCCUCCGAAUGAGAAAACUACCAAUGCGGACCUGUCGGAUGUUCAGAUUCUCCCGUCGAACCCCAUUGCUGUGGUGAAGAACUCCAUCAAGCUGAGACUCAGCAGAUAGAUGCGCAGUCCUCUGCCUCUCUCGUACUCAGGAGGUGAAUGUUUUGUGGUGUCCCGGUCACGUGCAUCGCGGCUCUCCACAAGGGGGCAGCUCUGUUCUUCCACAAAUGUCCCUGUACCCUUCCUCCCCUUCCCGGUACAAUGCAAAAAAAACGAUGUCAUACCCCACACCUUCAAUGUCAUUAAUAAAUGUGUUUGUGUGAUUAGGUGCACAUGCUUUUGAAGUCAACCACAUCUUUUCGUUUGACCUCUAAGGCUUCAUGCAUUUUGUUUAUUUUUUGGGGGGGGUCACUCAUUAAAGAGGUGUGUGUACUUUUAUUCCAGGGUACACCAGUCCACCAUAUUGUGCAGAGCUGAAGGUUUUAGAUGAGCAUCAAACUGUGCUCAGCAGGUGGAGAUAUAUUGAAUCAGCAUGAACCGAUGACAGUAGCGAUCUGACGUGAGAAAAGCACGGCCGGCUCUAGAUGCAUUCGGUUUACUAACACAGAGGUGGUUUAAAGCGAUCAGGCUGAGAUUAGUGUACACAUUAUCUUUUUGCCCUGCUGUCUUAUCAGGGCAUUAAUAAUGGUUGUUGUUAGGAGUGGGAUAGCUAGUUUUCCCAGCAUGCCCCGGUGAUUCCGGUGAUCUCAGCUAUGUGACCUGUGCUGGCCGUUAAUUUAGAUUGUGUAUGUGUGUGUAUAUAUAUUUUAUAUAAAUAUAUAUAUAUUCAUUAGAAUCUAGGCAAAAAUAAUUACCGUUUUAUUUGCUUCAAACUGCUUUGUUUUUCUAUUACAGUGCUGUUUUUUCCCUAAUGUGAAAUCAAAGGUGCAUUUCGAAUCACUUACUAUGAAAACGGAAUGUCGACUUGUUACUGUUGACCUGAUUUUGAGGAUAUGGAUAAAGAAAUUAUUUAAAUUUAGCCGUAAUGAGGUUUUUGGGGCUGGAGAGUGAUUUUGUUCGGUUAUGAAACUUUUCUUACUCUGUUUUGCCGUUUCGGUGAGAGGUAUGUUUUGUCCUGACGGUCUUUGUUGACUUGUGGAUUUGUAUAACAGUAAAUCUGGCGCCCCAGGAGCACUGUCACAGCGCAGAUUCACUUCUGUCAAACGCCUUCUAUGACCUUGCAAUGUUCUUUCAGUUCUUUCAUACGCUUAUUUGUAAGGACAAGUUAUUGUAAUUUUUCACAAAUAAAGAUUUAAAUUGUUGCAAAAGAAAAAAA